AACUAAACUCAUUUUCUUGUGUCUUUUACUAAUUACUUGUGGUUUACUUAUAAGAAGAUUAGAGAGAGAGAGAGAAUUAUUGAUUGAUUGAUGAUCGAUCUCGAGGUGAGUGAGUAAGUAUCUAGGAGGAUCGGAGCUAGCUAGGUAGGAGGAUGGAAGAUGAUCAAAGAAGGAAGGAAGGAGAGGAAAGCGGGGGGGCGGUUUUGCCGGGUUUCAGGUUUCAUCCGACAGACGAAGAGUUGGUCGGGUUUUACUUGAAGAAGAAGGUUCUAGACAAACCUCUCUCCAUUGAGCUCAUCAAGCAGCUUGACAUCUACAAAUAUGAUCCUUGGGAUCUUCCUAAAUUGGCGGGAACGGGAGAGAAAGAAUGGUACUUUUACUGCCCGAGGGACAGGAAGUACAGGAACAGCGUGAGGCCGAACCGGGUGACCAAGGCCGGGUUUUGGAAGGCGACCGGAACGGACCGGCCGAUCUACUCGUCGAGCGACGACUCGAAGUGCAUCGGGCUGAAGAAAUCGCUGGUCUUCUACCGAGGCCGCGCCGCCAAAGGGAGUAAAACUGACUGGAUGAUGCACGAGUUCCGGCUGCCGCCGCUCUCCGGCGACCUUCCCUCCCACAAGAGGGAAGCAUGGGCAAUAUGUAGGAUAUUCAAAAAAGCGAACCCCAAUGUAACAAGGGCACUAUCUCAACAAUGGGCUGCAUUUUCACCUGCAACUCCCCAAAAUACCCUCCAUGAAUUGCAAACCCUAGAGGACCACAACAACAACAUUAACCAUGAUGAUGAUCCCCCUCAUCAUAAAAACACUCCCCCUUCCACCCUCUUGUUCCAUUGCGCCACCACCAACACCGGCUUCAAAUGCUCGCCGGAGAUCCCCGUGGCGGCCGUGCCAGCUCACCCCCUCCCCCACGACGGCCCCUCCUCCGCCGCCAGCUACAGUGCACUAUUCCACUCAUCCCCAUUCACACAUUACUUCAACAACCAAACACUCCCUUCUUACCCCAUCACCCAAACUACUAAUGACCCCUCCUCCUUGUUCCUAGAGCUGGCGGCGAGUCAUGCCUGCGGCGGCGGGAUGAUCGGCAGCCAGCUUCCGGUGGCGGUGCCGCCCGAGAAUGACGUCGCGGAGGGGAAAAUGCCGGUGGCGGCGGGGAAGGAACCCUCAUCACCAAAUAUAAUUGAUGAGUCCAUUAGGUUUUCCUUCAAUGGGUUCCCUUUGAAUGAGAACAAUAAUAAUGUGUGGAAGUCAUCGAGUUUGGCUUGGGACUACCCUUCACCAUGUCCAAGUGAAAUCUCAUCUGGUAGUUAUUCCACCAACACAAGUUCCACUUUUAAUCUCUUGUUAUGAAUCACUGAGUGUCAUAUUUCCUCUGUCCCGAAAUAAAGUUUUUGGUAUUCAUUCGAAUAUGUACACCGGAGUAUUGUUUUUAAUAAAAGAUUUGCAAACCU